GUUCUGAUGAUGCCUUACACCUGAUCCCUUCGACACCUCGUGGUUGCAUAGGCGCUCUUUUCUUAUUGUUACAAUUGUGCUAUGAUCUCUUUUUCCCUUUGUCUUUCCUGACUAGGUGGCGCUAAGCAUAGGAAAAUACUGAUUUGAACACAUAUUUGUGAUUAUAGCGUCAAGAAAGUUAGAGGUGUUUUCCAUGAGCAGUGCUUUGCUUUUUGCUCAUGGUGGUUCAGAAGCUACCUCUUUGGAAGGUGCCUCCACUUGAAGGGCAUGGAUGUAGAGGAGGUUUUCUACUCCCCUAAAGAAUGAUGGUCUUAGAAAGCACCAGAGGCCGUUCUCCCCUGUCUUACAGGGUUUCUGAGUCUGAACCGACAAUGACAGGGAGUUUGAGCUGUUGAGGGGUUUUUUUCUUAUCCAGAAAGCUAGAGGGAGGGAUGGCAAACAAAGACCAGAGGCCAGAGCCCAAUCCUACAGGAGAUUCUGUGAGCUGCCCACCCAAGACCCAGGGUCUGGCCUCAUGGGAUUUGAGACUCUUGUCACUGAGUGUCAUCAUGUACCAUGUACCAUGUGUGGAUAGCCAUGCUGCUUAUCAUGUCAAGACCAUCAGCAAGUUUCUGAAGUUUAGUUUGCGUAAUCCAAAACAACCCAACAGUAAGCCUUCAACUAGCAAGGGUCCUCUCUUUUCUUUUCAUGAGCAUUGCAUUGUGAACAUGUUAAUCAUUCUUGUUGACUUGAGCUAUUUACAGGGGGAAAUCCAAAAGCACAGUUCCUGAGUCUGAAGAAUGAACCCUGCUGAUCGUCAUUGGCAGGCGUGGGGCCCUCAGUGCCUGCUGCAGGGAAGCAAAGCUGCUGUUAUUGAAUUAGCGGCGACAUGCCAGAUGGCGCUCAAUUUUUAUGCUAAGUGUCUGAAAUCUAUGAGACGUCCACAUGGAGAUGUUGAGUAGGAGGGAAGGGAGAUUACCAGUUCUAAAGUGCCUCAAUGGGGCCUUCUUAACUGAACAUUCCAAGUCUACGACCAUGUCUGGACAGCUGCCUACACCAGCACCAUCAUUUCCCGCUGAACAAGAACUUACCACUCUUGUCAUCGUUUAAAUUUGCAUACCUACUGGAUCUGCGUCUGAAACCUCUGUUCUACUCCAGAGGUUUUUCAUUGUUCCUCUGUGGAUAGCAUUCCACUCGUGGCUAAGCUCCAGCAUUCACUUGUCAUAUGAAUUGUAAGAUGGUUUUGUUCAUUCUUUAAAAUAUUCCUGUUGGAAUUCUACUUAGAAUUUUAUCACAAGUAUGCAAACACACACAUGCAAAUAUGGGGAGAAUUCGCCUUUUUUUUUUUUAACAGAUGGACCAGGAGGUUGUAAAUCAUGUUCUCUCCAUCUUUGAGUAUUUACACCCUACUCCUUUCUGAAAAUUGUCUAUGCAUAUUCUCAAAUGGGUAUGACUUCCUGACCUGACCCCUGGACCCCUGCUGUGUCCAUCCACUCCAGCAUGACCUGCCCCUUUUUCACUCUUAAAGUCCUUGUGUGCGUGGUAAACUAAGUAGUUGCUCUGGUUAGAUCACACUUUUUGUUAACUUGCUAUUCUGUCUUAGUGUUGUGCUUAUCAAUGCACCAAGUAUAUGGGAGUAAUCACAUUUUUAUGCCAAGUUAUGUUUUCCUGGAUCAUCUCCCCCCAUUUGUCACCACUCAGCGUUGUCUCCCUGAAGCAGAUUCCUUCUCAACACUCCAGAAGAGCCCAGAGCCUAUUUACUACAGGAUCAAAAGCUCCACAGGACCUCUCUGUCUCCCUACUCUGUCCUCUCUCACCGUUUGGAGUGUGGUAGACAAAUCAACUGAACUUCAACAAAUCUGAACUUCUGAUUUUUUCUCAGUACCUACCCAGCUGAUGUCUCCCCUUCUCACUGGGCCACAGGUCCUUGUUCAGUUGCUCAGGCCCACCCAGGCCUGUAUGACCUUUGGCCUGGUGGAAGCCAUAAGACUAUGCCCUAAGUUAGGCUCUAUGGCCUAACUCCCCUUCUUGCCUCAUUCUGUAUCCAGUCCAGAACCCAACCACUUCCCACACUUCCACUGCCAACGUCUGGCUCAGUUACCACCAUCUCUUACGUAUGUUGCAACAGGACUAGCAGGGCCACAAGAUAGGGCCAUCUACAGGGUAGAUAAGCUCACAUCCUUGCCAGUCCCACCUACCGCAGCCUUGGGCCUUGGGGGCCAGGAUCUGCACAGUCUCUCAAGCCUGAUAGUACCUUUUUUUCUUCUUACUGUGAAUUAGGUGGAGGCCUACUGUUACCUUUUGUUUUCCGUGAGUUUUGUAUCAGGAGCUUUGGUUCUCUAUAGACUCUCUAAAACAAUCGUGUGAUCUGGAUGAAGGUUAGAGAGCAGGUCACAGCUUUGCAGUCCACAGUGCAGACACAGUCUGAUUCACCUCAUUCAUGGUGGUCUCCACAGGGCGACACACCCCCAUGCAUCCAUCUCCUCCGGGUGCUCCUUUCUCUUUUUUUAACCCAACUUUUUAUUGUUAAUUCAGUGAAGGUUUAUAGAGCAGAUCAUAGUAUUAGAUUCAACAGUUCACACAAAUUCUGAUUCAACUCAUCCACUGUAACCCCUCAAGGUUCCGUCCCUUAGUCCAUUUCCUCCUUGUGUUUCCUGUUCCCAUUCCUCCUCCUUUCCUAACCCUCUGAACUCUGUCCCGGGGUAAACCCUGCCCUUUUGAUCGUCAGUGGUCGAAGAAAAGUUCAGUUCCACACCUGAAGAGUUAACGGCCAUAGUCUUAUGAAUCCCACCAAUCUAUAGCAAGCUGGUCAGCUGGGCCUGGACAGUUUAUGGAUUUUGUUCUGGAUUUUUCUCCCUCUCUAACCAGGAGCUCCUAGUGUGCCUCUUUUCUGAGCAAUUGUAAUAGUAGUCGGGUACUAUCUAGCCUCCUUUCAUUUUCUGCCACCAUUUCUUCCCUCCUAGCCCUUCUGAACUUUUUCCUUGAGCAAAAGCUGCCCCCUGACCUCAAAUAGGUUAAUUAUUCCAAAAUGUGCACUAGUGUUAUCAUUACCCUUAUAGACCUGUUAAUUUUCUGGCUGAGCCAUGGUGGAGUUCAAUUCCAGACCUGAAGGGUAACUAAGGGCCAUGACCUUGGGGGCUCCUCCAGUCUCUGGUCAACCAGUGAGCCUGGUCUCUUUUAUGCUUCUGAGUUUUGCUUCACCUUUAUCUUCCUGUAUGUAGACUUUUUAUUGACGUAGAAGUCACAUGAAUUUUAACUACAUGUGCAUACCCCAGCAUCAGCUCCCAAGUCAAGAGACAGACAUCCCAGCACUGAGAAACCCCUCUGGGGUGACCCCCAAUGCCUUUACCCUCCGUGGGCACCAGUGCCCAUCUUCGGCAGUUAUCUGUGCCCACCUGGCUGCUGUUGAGCUCUUUGUGGUGACUUGCCACGUCUUCCCUUCUUCACAGCAUUGCACCGUGGAAGUUCAAUGUGCCUGCAAGGCAGAGCCAGGUGCGCCCCAAACUCAGCCCCACGUGGAUUCCCAUCUGUCCUCAGAGGCCCCAGGAGAUCAGGCAAUGGCAGCAGCUGGGCCCCUGCCAGUGGCAAGACCUCAGGCCGCAGUGACCUUCGAGGACGUGGCCGUGCUGCUUUCCCAGGAGGAGUGGGACCACCUGGGCCCUGCUCAGCGGGGGCUCUACCGAAAUGUGAUGAUGGAGACAUAUGGGAAUGUGGUCUCACUGGGACUCCCAGGAUCCAAGCCUGACGUGAUCUCUCAGCUGGAGCGAGGGGAAGAGCCGUGGGUCCUGGAUGGGAAGGAGGCUGAAAGGAGAGAGCAUCUGAGGAAUGGCUGCUCAGACAACUUCAACUGUGACCACAUUACAGCUUGCACAUGCCAUGAUAGUUCAUCCUGCCCUAUGGAAUGUGAAACCAAGAAAGAGAACCAAAAUAGGAAUUUGAUUAUGAAGCCUUUGAUUUCAGAGGAAAUAUCUGUGAUUCUGGGGGAAACUCCCAUGGGGAGAACUGAUCAAGAGUCCAGUGAAAUUGAGAGAAGCUUCUAUCUGGGUUUAAACUGCAUUGGCCAUCAGAAAGUUCAAAUCUCAAGCCAGAACUUGCUCCUUACUCAGCAUCCAGUGGUUCCUAAUGGAGAGAAACCCUACAAGUGCAUUGAAUGUGGAAAAUCCUUUGGUCGGAGCUCCCAUCUCCUUCAACAUCAGAGAAUCCACACUGGGGAGAAGCCAUAUAUAUGCAGUGUAUGUGGGAAAGCCUUUAGCCAAAGCUCAGUCCUCAGUAAACACAGGAGAAUUCACACGGGAGAAAAGCCCUAUGAGUGUAACGAAUGUGGGAAAGCCUUCAGAGUGAGCUCAGAUCUUGCCCAACAUCAUAAAAUACACACAGGAGAGAAGCCUCAUGAAUGCCUUGAAUGUAGAAAAGCCUUCACUCAGCUAUCACAUCUUAUUCAACACCAGCGGAUCCACACUGGAGAACGGCCAUAUGUGUGUCCAAUAUGUGGGAAAGCCUUUAACCACAGUACAGUGUUGCGGAGCCAUCAGAGGGUGCACACAGGUGAGAAGCCUUAUGAGUGCAAUGAGUGUGGGAAGACCUUCAGUGUGAAGAGGACACUUAUCCAGCAUCAGAGGAUACACACUGGAGAGAAGCCUUACACAUGUAGUGAAUGUGGGAAAGCCUUCAGUGACCGCUCGGUUCUCAUUCAGCAUCACAAUGUACACACUGGGGAGAAGCCCUAUGAGUGUAGUGAAUGUGGGAAGACCUUCAGCCACCGAUCCACCUUGAUGAACCAUGAGCGGAUCCACACUGAGGAGAAGCCCUAUGAGUGCUAUGAGUGUGGGAAGGCCUUUGUUCAACACUCACACCUGAUUCAGCACCAGAGGAUCCACACCGGAGAGAAACCCUACGUUUGCAGUGAGUGUGGGCAUGCAUUCAGUGCACGCAGAUCUCUAAUUCAACAUGAGAGAAUCCACACAGGUGAGAAGCCCUUUGAAUGCAUGGAAUGUGGCAAAGCCUUCAGCCUGAAAGCAACUCUGAUUGUGCACUUGAGGACCCACACAGGUGAGAAACCGUAUGAGUGCAAUAGCUGUGGAAAGUCCUUCAGCCAGUACUCUGUGCUUAUCCAGCACCAGAGGAUUCACACAGGUGAGAAGCCUUAUGAGUGUGGCGAGUGUGGGCGCGCCUUCAACCAACAUGGGCAUCUGAUUCAGCACCAGAAAGUACACAAGAAACUGUAACCCUCAGCUGCCACAAAGCCAGGAGAAUAUUCACAUUCAGAGAAACACAUUACACACAGCACUGUGAGAAGUCUUCAGCUCAGGAGAUGCUUCGGUUAAUUCUGCAGGAAGCCCAUCUAUGGUGAUUCAGUGUGAGAAAAUAACUCCAAAGAUAAGUUCUGGGUAUAUCCUUUUUAUGGAAAUCUUUGGAGAAUGUCUGGAGGUUAGUUCAACAUCUCACAGGUAUAUUACAUAAGAACCAUAAUGUUAGAGUCAAUUUUUCCAAAGGUUAUCCAUAUUUUCAUUAGAGGGUUCAUUUAAAGCAAAUAUUUAAAGGAGGUUAAAAUAUUAGAACAGUUGUCACAGUUAAGCUUCCUUAUAUUCCAAAAGAACUUACUUUCCAUCGAACAUUAAUUACAUGCCUUUCCUAACUAUAACUGGCCAUCCUGAUUUUGAGGAGCUCUGGUGGUGUAACUGAGUGGGUUUUGUGUUGGUCAGUUGUUCAAACUUACCAGCUGCUCCAGGGAAGAAAAAUGAGGCUUUCUGCUCCUGUAAAGACAUGCAGCCUAAGACACCCACGGGGUGGCUCACUUCUGUCCUGUGGGGUUGGUGUGAGUCAUAAUUGACUUGACGUCAGUGAGCAUGAGACUCUAAGUGUGUGGCUGUUUUCAGUAUUCUGUUGACAAAGUGCUGUGUGUGUCAGUGUAGACAUUUGUUCUUAGAUGCUAUGUGAAAUGGCUAGAAACCCUAAGCACGUGAAACUACCUGUUAUGUAUGGGGGAAAAUGCUAGCUAUACAUUAGGGACAAAUUUGGUAAAUAUAUAGACCCUUUUAUCUGGUGCUUUAACUUUCUUCAAGAUCACAAAGAAGGUCUUGUCUUUUUUAGUGAAAAUUCAACUAAAAACCCACUCUUAAAACCUUCAGAGCCUGUGCCCAAAACUGCAGGGUGUCUCAGGCCCAUGAACCCCAUGAAGGUGCAUGAGGGGAACUCCAUACUCAGAGCCCAACCCCAUCGCUGCUACACCAAAUGGGUGCCUCUUUAAACCUUACAGUGUUUUGUUUUUUAAUAGUUAUCGAAAAGACAGUACAUUUAAUGUAUAUUUUAUUAACAACCAAAUCCUCAAAUUCAAAUAGCUCUUUUUAGUUUGACAGUUUUGAUUUUUGUGUUUUGUGUUUUAAUUUUUAUUGAAAUAAAAAAAUUAGUGUAUUGCCAUAUACUAUGAUGAGUGAAACUUACUCACAAUUAAAGUUUUGUGUUUAAGAUGAUCAAAAUUAUUUGUAAUUUAAUUUGUAAAGGAUCCAUUUCUCUUUUCAGCAAGCCACAAAAAUAACAAAUGUUGCAGGAGAUUCAAAGCAUAUUAAUCUUAUAAAGAUUUUAAGUACUAACCCAGGAUUGAUUAACCUUUAGGGACA